CAUUAUACUUUACAACCCACACAAACACUCUUUUGCCUCAACAACAAAAUUUAUUUCUUAAAUAGUGUUUUUCAUACGGUUACAGCCGCUGCUUCUACUUGAAAACUAGUACUAGUAUAAUACUACUAGUACUAAGUAGGAAUAAUAAUAAUUCCGAUUACUUGUCUUCGUCUUCUUCCUUCCAGCUCCAUUUUCUUUCCUUGUUAUUUACACAAUUGAAAAAGUAGGAUUUUCCUCUUUUUUAUUAAUUAAUUUAUUUCCCGCAAUGAUUUGAAAUGUGUUUGUAUUUUUUAUUAUUAUGUUGUUGGGGUAUCUUGAGUUGUAUAGAGGUGCAGACGACUAAUUUAUGUGUCGGCGCCAGGUCGCUUUCUGUCGGCUUCGUUUGUAUCCAACAAUGGUGAUGAUUAAAAUGGCCGGGCCGAGGAGAGAAUAACCCAUUUCUAUUAAACUAGAGUAUCAUAUUCCCCACAUACCCAUUACCCACUACCCUUACCCACCCGAAAUAAAAAGCAUAGAAACAAGAGAAGCAAGCUAUACCUGCACCACUAUGCUGAUGAUUCAUUGUUAGUGUUACGGGAUUUCAGUAGAUUUUAGAUUUCAUACUUCCUCUCCCUCAAGUUUCAAUAUUUCUGACUUUAUGUGGGAAUGCGGCUGAAUUCUGAUCCAACUACUGCUACUGCUGCUGCCGCUUCUCCCAGAUUACUCCCUCCCAAAUGAAGUUUGCUGUCUUCUAUCCAACCCAUUUAUCUUCCAUCUCAGAAAAAAACAUAUUCAUAUACUUAUUCUUAAGCAUUGGGUUGCCGUGGGUUUUAAGCUCUUGUCUAUCAUAUGCUUUUGGUGGGUCCUUCAGUCUUUGUUGCUUGAGGUUUCAUCUGAAAAUAGUGUACUAUGUCCUCCCACCUGCCUCGGGGUUUGUCUUCUAAAUAAGUGUUUGCUCCAUCUUAUGCAAGGCGAUUACCUACAUGCACAGUGUCAAUGUGUCAAAAUAUAUAUCCCAAAAGUACUCGCCUUUGCAGCUGAAGUGGUCGCCAAAUGUCAAGGACUCUUGCAGCAAUUGUAGGAGGUGCUGCAGGAGCCGUGGCAUUGGUGGGGAUUGUGAUUGUCAUUUUAUGGUUCUGUAUUUUUCAUAAAAGGAGCAUUUCAAGAACUUCUGAGACAGGCUCUUCUGAUCCAUCUAUUCAAGUUGGAAAAACUGCUGGGAUUGAAUUGACCUUACGAGAUGCCAGGCGCUUCCAGAUAGAAGAAUUGUCUUUGGCAACAAAAGGUUUUAGUGAUAAGAGUUUGAUUGGCCAAGGCAAAUUUGGGGAGGUGUACAAGGGAUUGCUUCAUGAUGGCAUGCUUGUAGCAAUAAAAAGGCGAUCGGUUGUCCCUAGCCAGGAAUUUAUUGAUGAGGUUCGCUAUCUCUCAUCUAUUCAGCACCGGAACUUAGUCACCCUCCUAGGAUACUGCCAGGAACGCGAUCAGCAGAUUCUUGUCUAUGAGUACAUACCUAAUGGAAGUGUAUCCGUUCACUUAUAUGGCGAUGGUCAUGUUACACAAGAGAAACUUGAGUUCAAGCAUAGGCUUUCUAUAGCUCUAGGAGCAGCUAAAGGUCUUGCUCAUCUUCAUUCCCUAAGUCCCCGCUUGAUUCAUAAAGACUUCAAGACAGCAAAUGUUCUCGUGGAUGAAAAUUUCAUAGCUAAAGUUGCAGAUGCAGGAUUACGCAAUUUUCUUGGGAGAUUUGAGGUUGCAGGCCCAUCUUCUCAAGUGGCUGCUGAUGAAAUUUUUCUUGCUCCAGAGGUCAGAGAGUUCCGACGAUUUUCUGAGAAAAGUGAUGCCUACAGUUUUGGUGUAUUUCUCCUGGAGCUAGUUAGUGGCCGUGAAGCAAUGGAUUUGCUGUCUUCAGAUUUGAAUAUAAACAUAGUUGAAUGGGUGGAGAAUUAUCAGGAAUCUGGCAACAUAUCUGCCAUCAUUGAUCAAAGAUUGGGUAAUAGCUUUACCACAGAAGGCAUGGGAGAGUUCAUGCAGUUGACUGUCCGUUGUAUGGACCCUUCGAGUGAAAGGCGGCCUACCAUGAGUUAUGUGGUGACGGAACUGGAUCGGAUACUGGAGAAAGAGAUGAGCUUGACAACAAUCAUGGGAGAAGGAACUCCAGUUGUGACUCUUGGAAGCCAGCUUUUUAGGGCUUCAAAAUAAGAUGCAAGUGUGGGAAUUAAGCUUCUUUGUUGUAUUAAUUCUUUUGUUUGUGUGAUUUGUCAUAUUAUUUACAGAAACACCAGAUUGGAAAGAGAGAUGCAUCCAGCUGUUUGUUAACUGUAAAAAAGAAAAAAUAACAGCUGUGUUUUUUUCUUCUUUUAUUCUUUCCUCUCAUAAAUGUACUCUAAACCUUGUGCUAAACAAUUAUUUGUUGAUAAUAGAUGAAGAUUGUCUGGAGUGAUUUUUUUUAAUA